AUGAACUUGGCGCAAAUUGCCGAAAUUUUGGAGGGGAGCGCCGAGCGAUACGCGGGGGCCGGGGGGGUCGGCGCGGAUCGCAUGGGAUUAUUACACAACCUCACCGCCAUUUUAGAAAAACCCAACGUCAUCAAAUUAGAACAACGACCCAUACCCAAACCGAACUGCACCCAGGUCCUGUUGAAGAUGGAGGUCGUGGGAAUAUGCGGUUCGGACAUUCAUUACUGGCUAGAGGGCCGUUGCGGGCCUUUCGUUCUAGAAGCUCCAAUGGUCAUGGGCCACGAAGCAUCCGGAGUCGUCGUUGAGUGCGGCAGCAAAGUCAAAGAUCUGAAGGUAGGCGAUCGCGUAACUAUAGAACCCGGUUACGGUUGCAGGAGGUGCACUUACUGCAAAACGGGCAAGUACAACAUCUGCCCGGAGAUGGCCUUCUGCGCCACGCCACCGAUCGACGGGAAUUUGUGCAGGUACUUUGUAAUGGAGGCCGAUUUCUGCUACAAAUUGCCGUGCAACAUGAGCUUAGAAGAGGGCACGUUGAUGGAGCCGCUGGCUGUUGGUGUGCACGGUUGUAAAUUGGCCAAAAUCACGUUAGGUUCCGUCGUUUUCGUGCAAGGAAGCGGUCCGAUCGGUUUGUCUGUGCUGUCUGCGGCGAGAGCCUACGGAGCUGCGGCCGUUCUCGUUACAGACAUAGCGGAUUACCGGUUGGAAUACGCCAAAAAGUUGGGAGCAUUCGAAACAUUGAACACCGAAGGCAUGGAUGAGAAUCAAAUAGCGGAAAAGGUGAAAAGUAUAUUAGGUUGCGAGCCUCACGCCACGUUCGAAUGCGCUGGAAACCUCACCUGCGCCCGACUCGGCCUUCUCUGCACCAGAGCCGGAGGCACCGUAGUACUACUAGGUAUGGGCGGGUUGGAAAUGAGCCUACCCUUCGGAGCCGCUUUGGUCAAAGAAAUAACUAUGAUAGGUUCGUUCCGAUAUAACAACGAUUAUCCCGAGGCCAUAGAAAUGGUGAGAACUGGAAAAGUCUCCGUCAAGGAAUUGGUCACUCACCGAUUUAAAAUAGAAGACACCGAAGCCGCCUAUUGCACGUUCAAAAAUCGGUCUGGGAACCCCAUUAAAAUAAUGAUUUACUGUAACGAGGACUGGGACGGCAAGACUCCUAGAUGA